CAGACAUAGACAGGUCAACACAGACAAAACACAGCCUGGUCAAAAUAGCCUACUCCAUUCAACAAUAGCCUAUCUGGUCUGUUCAAGAGGCGAAGAGGUGCAGACUUUUUCCAAAGCCACAAACUGAUUAUCCAUGCCUCUUUUGAUAAAAAAGAAAGAAAGAAAAUGCAGAUAUAAAGGUAUCCAAACAGCUGUGUGUGAUGAGAACUGAACAAUUGAACCAAGAAGAACGGGUGUGAAUUUGGAACCAAGAUGCCUGCCAUGAUCAGAAGCAGAGGCCAUGUUCUGGACUACUGCAGCCCUACUGGUCACCCUGGCUGUUGCCGGGGUCAGCACUUCUCAUAAGUCAGGAGAAAUAACUGAUAUAGAUGUUAAUAGUCCUGAGGUGAAAGAUGCUUUAAAUUUCGCAGUCGAUGAAUUCAACAGGCAGAAUGAUGUGUACAUCUACAAAGUGGUGAAAGUGAUCAAGGCCACCAGUCAGGUUGUUUCAGGGAUCAUGUACAGGUUUGAAGUGGAAAUGUCUAUAUCUGGCUGCAAACCAUCCCCACAGGAGAUAUGUGCCAAGGACAACUCAGAGCUCAAACCAUACACAUGCAAUUUUGAGGUCUGGAGUCAACCAUGGCUGGGCCCACCUAAGUUUAUGAGGAAUGUCUGCAAACAUUAGAUAGAAGAAGCUUCCAUGUCCAGAAAGAUUUUGGAUUGUCACACGUCACACUGAGGAAGGCAGAAUGCCGAAACGCGUCUGUGUGAAUAAAUGGUGACUAUGCAUAGUGCGGCCUUCUUUCUUGUUUUUCAAGGAUUGUCACAUGUAGUAAUAAUCAUUAAGUAUUCUAAUGACAUCUUGUUUUUUAUUCAAAUGAACAACUACUUACCACAUUUUAAUACAUCAUCAAGUCCAUGUUCAAGUUUUUUUGUCACAUACACAAGGAUAAUGAGCAGUGAAAUGCUCCUAAUCCAACUGUUGUCAAUUCUAACCAAC